GUAAACAGAGUAGAUUUACAUAGAGAGCAGGAAGUUUCCCGUUAAUUUUCACAGCGUCAGUGAAGUUGAGGUCUCGCUUUAGUUUAGCUGUUUUUAAACUGUGUCUAACAUUUUUAAUGACAGGGAAUCGGACCGAUGAUAUUUCUCCUUUAAAAUGAUUAUUCGACUACUUUUGGUUUUAGGGUGUGUGUCGCUGUGUGCCGCGGUGGGGACUUUAGCAGGGCCUUACGUCUGCUCUCAACAGGGUUUGAAGUGUAAAGUCACCAUAUUUGACUGUCAGGACAGGAGUUGGCUGAAUGUGUACAGUUACACUCCCAGCAGUCCAGAGGACCUGCAGGUCUCUGUGGACACCAGGGAGGACACGUUUGGACACCUGCAGCCUGUACUGCUGGCUAGCUGGAAGUUGAAGGAUGAUGGCAGUAUUCGUGCCCUGAACGCCACCGAGCUUCAUGUUAUGGUGAUGUCCACCAACCAAAACGUGUGUGUGCGAUAUUCUUUGAAAAACCAACUGCCAAUGAGAAGUCCAUCGGGGGAAAAGUGGUCAUUCUCAGCUAACAUGCUGGUGGUGGACCCGGGUCAGAAGUACCUGGUCUCCGUCUUCAACAUCCCCAAACCAGAGAUACAUCAUACUGGCUACGACGUCACUAAAGUUGUCUCUGUUCCUGGAUGUGAAGAGGCUAAAAUGCAGAUGACCAAUUUUUGCAUCGAGAGAGGAAGUCUGUGGAAGCCUGGCAUCACUGCAGUCAGAGGAAACUCUACACUGGCUGUGAGCUUUACUCCUGACCAUCGCUGUGAGAAGUACAUAGUGCUUGUUCGCUGCUUCGUGGCUCCUUAUAUUCCCCGUACAUACAAGACAAAUCAGACGAGCCUGACUGCAACAUUCGAACUGGACAAAUGGCCGAGAACUUGCUGCCAGUUUGACAUUGAGAUCCAACCUUUUUUCCCAGCAUGUGAUACGGACUGUUCGCGUAAAAGGACCACUGUGGAUAUUUGUGGUGCCGUGAAGCCAACAGAAGCCCCCAGUGUCCCAGUGUACACAUUUGUCAUUGUGGGAGUGGUGUUUUUCUGUGUCUUGUUGACCGUUGUGACGUACCUCCGCUGCAAGAAACCAAGGAAACGUGGUGUUAUUCCACCACCUGUGGGAGAUGAUAUACCGCGACCCCAGCAGCUUAGACAACGUCCCAAAGUGCUGGUCAUCUACUCACAGGACCACCGCCUCUACAGGGAUGUAGUGCUGAAGCUGUGCGCCUUCCUCCAGGCGCAGUGUGGCACCGAGGUGCUGGUGGACCUGUUGGACACCACCUCCAUCGGCGUGGUAGGGCGCAUCCGCUGGCUCGAGUGGCAACGACAGCAGCUCAGAAAUCCUUCCGACAAAAUCCUGGUGCUGUGUUCGCGAGGCGUUCAGGCCAAGUGGAGGGCCAUGUGCGGUCAGGGUCCGGUGAAACUGAGAGAAGACGUUCAGUCCCCCACCGACGAUAUGCUCACUCCUUUUCUCAACCUAUUCCUGCCUGACAUGCAUCACACGGGCAUGCUGGGCAAGUACAUGGUGGCUUACUUCGAUGACAUCAGCGGGGAGCAAGACGUGCCAUCAGUUUUUGACAUCGGCGUCAAGUACAAGUUGAUGAAGCAUUUCGAGGAGCUGUACUUCCGCAUCUUAGACGUGGAGAAAUACCAGCCGGAUCAGGUCUGCCACAUCAAGGGCAUCGGUGCGGACGAAUACUUUGACUGUCCCUCAGGUAGGGAUCUGAAGUAUGCCAUUGAAACCUUCCAGGCCUACCAGUUGGACAACCCUGAUUGGUUUGAGAAGGAGUGUGUGGACGAUGAGGAGGAGGUCAUGACUGAGGCCAGCCAGCUCAUCGACCAACUGCAUAUCCCUCCGGUCCUCGAGAAUGUUCCUCUGAUCAGAGAAGGGCUCCCUGUCUUCAUCCAUGAGGUAGAAAUCAAUGAAAAUAGCAACGGUGUUCGUCUAACACCUGAACUGAAUCCAGAACGGCAGAUUUUGUCCGUGGCAGAACUUACACCAGCUAACCGUGAGUGCAGACGUCUGUCAGACCUGGAUGAAGUGUUGACGGAUGACCCGUACCAUCGCAGCCGCAGACCAGAAUCUGCCUACACAGUUGAGCCAGUUUUAAAUAAUACGCGACAGCCAAGGCAGAACUGGGUCUCCCUCGAGGAAAAUUCCUUCAGACAAAAUCCUGUUGAGGAUGAGGAAAGGGAUCCCAUACGCCAACCUUCCUCUCCUUCAGACCAGAGAAGUGUGGCUUUACAGAACCCCCUGGUUAUAAAUCCUCAAGAAUCUUCGUGUACCGACAUGCAGAGUGUAAAUUUCCCUCCAUCUGAAACCGUCCACUCUCAGCCAGUGGAGAUGGAGGAAGACGAGCCCGGUGGAAAGGGUCCUAACAGUGGUUCUGAUCAAGGCUACAUCUCCAAGAUGUCCUCCCAGGAUGAAGCAGCUUCAAAAGAGGAUCCAAUGGAGGCCCUGAGAAGACUGCAGGAGGAGCUGUUUGAUGUUGGAUACUCUGACAUAGAGUCCUGAAGAGAACUGGAAGUUAAAAGUACCAAAUCCUCACUGACUUUAACCACCUGCACAAUCACAACGUAGGAGGGUGUAGACGCACUAGGUAUUUCUGGGGUGUGGGGCUUACCUAUUACAUAUGUUUGCUGAUGAUUUUCUAAACACAAUAACCGAUUUAGUACGAAUAUGUUUGAUCAAGCCUUCAAGGGACAUAUAAGUGGACACUGGGACUGUACAGAUCAGAUCUGUUCAUGUCCAAUAGGUUGAGUGUUGUUUGAUCCAGGUUUGCUGAGAUUUAGAUCAGAAAUCUAUAAACCAUAUCAGGAGAUGGAGGAAGAAAGAUGAAAGUGUGUUUUUCUAACUUCUGUUCCAUCUUCUUAAGCCCCUUCCAAUCAGUUGGGACGAUUCUGAUCGGUCAGUAUUUUAACCAGGGGAAUCACUUCAGAGUCGGUCAGGGAUUGAAAACGUGAGCAUUUCUAUCUCCCUCAUGUGUAGGCACUAUUUCAGCUUUGAAAUAACGUUUAAUUAGAGCCACCAACAAGGUCAGUUUUUAUCUUUAUGUUUCUUACCAGCUUCACUUAGACUCCUCCAUUGGCUGUACAUACACACACACACACACACACACACACACACACACACACACACACGUCUUUUUUAUGGACUAAUCAUUACAACGCAAGAACAACCUCUUCUCCAAGACAGCCUUUUUUUCAUAAUGGGCUUUUCUUGUGUGCACUCUCACAGCAACCUCAACAAGUGGUUAAUUUACCUGCGGAUAUAUGAGAAACAUCUGUUCAUGUUUUAAAAUGUAUAAUAAAGUAAAUUCAGAAGGAUAUUCGGAGGGCUCUGCUUACUUUCUUGUAUAAUUGCUGCUUUAUGAACUUUGUAAAAAUGUUUUUAAGACUUAUUCUUUCAGUUUAUUUUGUUAUAUCAUCUACUUAAUCAAGUUACCACCACUAAUACAUGCACAACACACUGGGGGAGUAGAUACAUCUGUUCUUUGGUAGAUGCUGCUUGGUAUUAACAAGCAUUAGGUUGGACAGCCAAAAUGUAUGAAGGUUCAAAUUGUUCCAUUUUAUUGGAGGUUUUAAAUUGUUGAUUUUUUUACUAAAUAUUUUGUAUGACUUUGUGUUCUUUUAUUCGUGUGUAUUGCAAUUCUUUCCAUUGUGAAGCUGUUUGUUGAAUAAAGUCUCUGAACAGCCCUUA